UUGGCUUUAAAAUCUUAAGUAUUCACAGUUCUAUCAAGCCUGGGCUAGGAAAAAAUAAUGUACGCGCCCUGUGUAAAAACCUGUCUCCGCGAAAAUCGCCUUCGAAGUCCGCUUGCUAGAACUGUGCAAUUUAACAACGGCGUUAAAAUGCCAAUCAUUGGAUUGAACACUAAUGGGUUGGAGGCCCAUAUUGCCACUCGUGUUACAAAAGAUGCUAUCGAAAGUGGUUAUCGACACAUAGAUUGUUCGCCAACUUUUUGCAAUCAAGAGGAAGUGGGAAAGGGCAUUAAAGAGAAAAUCGACGAAGGCUUCAUAAAACGAGAGCAACUGUACAUAUCUAGCAAACUUUGGAAUACGCGACAUCAUCCGAAAUUCGUACGCCCAGCACUGGAAGAAACACUGAAACAAUUGAAACUCGAUUUUCUGGAUAAUUAUGUUAUUCAAACUCCGAUGGGUUUUAAAGAUGGUUUCGUAGACUAUCCGCGCAACACAAGAGGUGAAAUAAUGUAUUCUGAUGUCGACUAUGUAGAUACUUGGGCUGCAAUGGAGGCCUUAGUUGAUAAGGGUCUCGUACGAUCGAUUGGUUUGGCCAAUUUCAAUGCAGAGCAAAUCGAACGCAUACUUGAAGUGGCCCGCAUACCACCAGCCAAUUUACAAGUCGAAUGUCACCCUUAUUUGACACAAAAUAAGCUAAUGGACCUAUGUUGUAAGCAUAAAAUAGUUUUCAUGGCUUACGGGCCAACAGGGCCAAGAACGGGAGUCGAUAAUAUCGUCCCACUCCUGAAACAUCCACUAAUUUUAUGUUUGGCAAACAAAUAUGAGAAAACACCUACUGAAAUUUUAAUCCGCUAUCAAGUACAGCGUGGCAAUGCUGUAUUGAUAAGAACAACUUGUCUGAAUCACAUGGAUAAUAAUUUGACGGUUGAAAGUUUCCAAUUAAGUCGCGACGAUCUGGAAAAACUUCAUUUAAUGAAUUGCAACAUUCGCAGAGAAACCUUGUCAAAUGGCACUGGACAUCCGCAUCAUCCGUUUGAAAAUGAUUGCCUCUAACCUGUUCGGUUGUAAAAUGGUACAGAUCUACAUAUCU